CAACUUGCUUUGCUCGGAUUCAGUUCACAACGGGCAACCGGCUUGACAAGACAACAACGCUGCGAUCUCUGGAAAUUUUUGGGCGAUUGUCGAAAUGAAGAUCCAACAAACUGCGCCGGGCAUCGAAGAUCAAGCGCCGACUACAAAUGUGAAACAGCUGCGGGGUCUGAUAUGGAUGUGCGCCAUUCUCUUGAUAUUGGUUGCCACCGCUGCCGCCUACUUUGUGUGGCUGAUGAGCCAAAACAACGUACUGGCUAACAAUUCUUUACGUAUACUCGAUCGCAGCGAGUGGCUCGGGGAACCACCGAGCGGAUUCAAGCUGCUAAGAACCCCCGUAUCCAAUGUAAUAAUACAUCACACCGCUACCGAGGGAUGCGAUACAGAGGACGUGUGCAUCUAUCGUAUGCGCAUGAUACAGUCCUUCCAUAUGGGCUCCCUUGGCUUUACGGAUAUUGCAUAUAACUUUCUGAUCGGUGGCGAUGGCAUAGUCUACGUGGGCCGCGGUUGGCACGCACAGGGCCAGCACAUUAAUGGAUAUGGCCCCGUGUCACUUAGCAUUGCUUUUAUUGGAACCUUUGGUAAUGAGGCGCCACCGGAUCACCAGGUGCGUGCUGCCAAACGACUGAUGGAUGAGGGCGUUCGAUUGCAUAAGCUGCACCCGGAUUAUCACAUCUAUGCACACAGGCAAUUGAGGCCUACUGAGAGUCCCGGACAGAAACUGUUUGAGCUUAUGCAGCACUGGCCACGCUGGACCGAAGACGUGACCGCGCUACGCAGACUCAACAACGCGCCGCUUAGGUUUGUUGCACGUGCUGCUUGGCUAGCUCAGCCAGCUUUGGAAGCGCUGCCCCCCUUGGCGCUGCCUGCCAAAAACGUGCGCUUUGUGACCACCUCAACAGAGUCCUGCGAUACGCAGGCAUCGUGCACCUUUAGAAUGCGCUACCUGCAAUCCCUGCACAUUGAGAGUCUGGACAAACAGGACAUCAACUACAACUUUGUGGUGGGCGGCGAUGGCAGCGUUUAUGUGGCCCGGGGCUGGGACGCCAGCUGUGAGGCGGACUCCACAGAUGAGCCGCCAUUCAAUGGACUCACUGUGGGCUUUCUGGGCAUGUCCAAGCCCAGUGCAAGUCAAACGAAAGUCGCUCAAGAGCUGCUGGCUCAGGGCAUCAAGUUGGGCAAACUGGCGGAGGAUUUUCAACUGAUAGAUGAACUGAAAUAGAGAAAAAACUGUACAAACACUCUCUCAUUUGCCAGUGCCAUAAGGCUGGGUAUUCUGUCCGUGUAGUCAACCAAAUAUUAUUUUAAAUUAAUUUAUAAAGAUUUCACGUUUGCUGCGCAUAUCUCGAUAAAUUAAAACCCUUCUUUAGAUAUAAA